CUUCCCUGGAGGGAGGAGAUGGGAAUUCUCCUGUUGGUCUGAGUGUUGCCAGGUGCCAGAAGUGGUCCCCAGUGGUGGUGGACAAUUAUUCUGAGUGACGGCCCUUGCACGCGCUUCUGAGUGGUUAUCAUGGGCUUCAUUGCCUUUCUGAAGACCCAGUUCAUAGUUCACCUCCUCAUUGGGUUCGUCUUUGUUGUGAGUGGACUGAUCAUUAACUUGAUUCAACUAUGCACGCUAGUCCUCUGGCCCAUAAACAAGCAGUUUUAUCGCCGAGUAAACUGUCGCCUUGCCUAUUCGCUUUGGAGCCAGUUGGUAAUGCUGCUGGAAUGGUGGUCAGGCACAGAGUGUACCUUGUUCUCAGACGAGGCCACAGUGAACACCUUUGGGAAAGAACAUGUCAUCAUCAUCUUGAAUCACAACUUUGAAAUUGACUUCUUGUGCGGCUGGACUAUGACAGAGCGCUUUGGAGUGCUAGGGAGUUCCAAAGUUCUUGCUAAAAGAGAACUACUAUACGUGCCCCUAAUUGGCUGGACGUGGUACUUCCUUGAGAUUGUUUUCUGUAAAAGGAAAUGGGAAGAAGACAGAGAUACGGUUAUUGAAGGAUUAAAACGUUUGGCUGAUUAUCCUGAAUAUAUGUGGUUUCUCCUGUACUGUGAAGGAACUCGUUUUACAGAGACCAAGCAUCGUAUCAGUAUGGAGGUAGCUGAAUCCAAGGGGUUGCCUAAACUGAAAUACCACCUGUUGCCCAGAACCAAAGGUUUCACCACUGCUGUCCAGUGUCUCAGGGGAACAGUUUCAGCAGUGUAUGAUGUAACACUAAAUUUCAGAGGAAACAAGAACCCGUCUUUAUUAGGAAUUCUUUAUGGGAAGAAAUAUGAAGCAGAUAUGUGUGUAAGGAGAUUUCCUCUGGAAGAUAUCCCUCAAGAUGAAAAGGAAGCUGCAAACUGGCUUCAUAAGCUUUAUCAGGAAAAGGAUGCUUUGCAAGAGAUGUAUAAUCAGGAAGGCAUAUUUCCUGGCCAGCAGUUUAAACCUCCUAGGAGACCAUGGACUCUCCUAAACUUUCUUUUUUGGGCCACAGUUCUCCUCUCUCCUCUCUUCACAUUUGGCUUUGGAGUUUUUGCAAGUGGAUCACCUCUCCUUAUCCUUGCAUUCCUGGGACUUGUUGGAGCAGCUUCCUUUGGAGUUCGCAGACUGAUAGGAGUAACUGAAAUAGAAAAAGGCUCCAGCUAUGGCAACCAAGAAUUCAAGAAAAAGGAAUAACUGACAGCUGCAGUUCAGCACAUAUAACCAGACUAUGGUAUCCGAUUAACUUCAGUUAAAAAACAACAACAAACACUUAGAAACUAUCUUUUUCUUAAUAACUGAUGACUAAUAUUAAUGAA